AUGGAGGGUCCCAUUUUACCCAUGGUGGAGCUUGAGCACAAGGCCAUGUGGGCCAUCAAAACUUUGAAUUUUGAGCUCACUAGUGCGGGUGAGCGGCGCUUGCUCGAUCUCCAUGAGUUAGAAGAGCUCCGCAAAAAUGCCUAUGACUCGGCAAGCAUCUACAAGGCGCGUUCUAAACAAUAUCAUGACGCCAAGAUUGAGAAGAGAGAGUUCAAGGAGGGGGAGAAGGUCCUCCUUUAUAACUCUCGCUUGAAGUUGUUCCCGGGAAAACUAAAAUCCCGGUGGAGCGGUCCGUUCGAUGUUGUUCGGGUUUUCCCCCAUGGUGCUAUCGAGAUUCAGAAUGAUGAUUCCGGGUCCUUCUAA